AUGGAUGACUUGCAAAUAUAUUACGACAUGUUAAAUGCAAUAAAAAAAGGAGACACGCAGAAAGUAAAAGACAUGAUAGAGGAAUUUGGUUUAUCAUUCUCGCCAUUGUGGGAUGAUGGGUAUCGACUACUUACUACUGCCAUUCAAAAAAAUAAAGUAGAAAUAGUGUCAUAUUUAUUGGGGAAAAAUGCAAAAGUUCACAGCGAUCGUGAUUUCCUGUCACCUCUUCAGAUAGCCGCCAUGAAAAACAACACGAAAAUUUUCAAAAUGCUUCUGAAACACGGGGCUAAAAUAAGUAACGACAAUAUUUAUAAUAAUAAAUCACCAAUUGAGUUAGCAGUUGAGCACGACAAUAUUGAGAUCGCAAGACUUAUCGUUAAGCAUAAAAAUUUUGGAUUAAAAUGUGAUCAGUCAUUACUGCAUAUGGCUAUCAAGAAUAACAACUUGACAAUGGUUUUUUUAUUAUUAGACAUUGGUGCGGAUGUCAAUGAAUAUGAUGAAGACGGAUUCGCGCCAAUCCAUCACGCAAUAAUUGAAAACAACAAUGAUAUUUUGGAAUCAUUGAUAUAUUAUGGAGCAGAUAUUAAUGCUAAAAAUAAAUAUGGAGAGACUCCAGUUUCAAUGUAUCUAUUCCAUUCGUAUAAAGGAAUGUAUAUAGAGUGGGGGGAUAGUCCUGGAAUGUAUUUACAUUACGAUCCAAAGGAUACAAGUACAUUGGCUAUUCUCCUAGAUAAUGAUGCAGACAUAAAUUAUUUUGAUAUCCGUGAAUAUCUUUCACGCGAUACUGACGAUUCUUCCGGGGUUAUUAAUGCUGAUGGUCGUGUUCACCCUGCUAGUAUGAAAGAUAAAAAACGCAUUAUUAAACAGAUUGUAAAAUUAAGAAGUCGAAAUGCACCUCUAUCUGAUAACCAUAAAAACUUCUUGUCUUCUCUUAUUAAACCCAAACGGUUAGAUAAUUAUACAAAAAUAUGUGAGCUAGAAAUGUCGAGAGCAAUGAUGGAAAAAAUACCAAACUCAGGGAUUUCGCUUCAUGAUAUUUUGAGUAAAAAUUAUAACGUUUUAGCUGCGUAUGCAAAAAAUAAAAAUCAUGAGACGUUCAUACUUUCUAGUGAUAUUUCCGAUCGAUAUCCGGUUUAUGGAUCGGUUAUGAAACUUCGCUUUUCGAAAGGAUUAGAAAGGAAAAUUUUGUUGGAAAUAAGUACUAAAAUUUUUCACAUUAUUUUUCCCGUUGCGUCUGACUUGUUGUCUGUUGCCGUCGAUAAUGUAUUUGAAUGUUUAGACAAUUUUGAUUUAAGAGAUUUUUUGCGCAAGUUCUAA